AUGGAUGAAGAAAAGUACUCAAGGCAGAUCAAGCUUUUUGGAAAGGACACCCAAGAAAAGAUACUUGCAUCGCACGUACAUCUAGCAGGAGUUGUAGAAGAGCGAAUGGCAUCGUAUAUGAUUAGGCUUUUGUCGCAGGUGGGGGCACAUGUGUGCAGAAGCAAUGAAUGCAAGAUAGAGCAAACAUGGGUAUUUGUCUUUGAUCUGCCAGAGGCCAUGCAUGAAAGCUUUCGAGCAGCAGAGCAGGACCAAAAAAUUCUGUAUAUUUCAACUAGUAACUUGCUAAUCUCUAAAGCAUAUACACAGCGACUGAAUGCAGGGAGUACUGUACAGCACUCAGAGGUGUAUCUAAAUAUACUUGUAGGAGUGGCUGUGCAGGAGUAUAUUAAGUCAAUGGCUGGAAUUAAUUGCUCUGAUGAAUGGAGACUGGAUUUAUCUAUAUUUGAGUGA